GCAAAAGGAAAAAAAAAGGAGGAAGAACAAAGGAUUACGGAGUGCGUCAGUACCGGCGGAAGGGAACAAAACAGAGCCGCACGAAAUGGUCUUUUAAUCGCCGCCGCCGUUCGCUGGAGGAGCUGUCUGCCGCCACGAAUCGGAGGCCAUUGGGUAGCCGCUGCUCUGCUGCCGAGUUGGCCGACAUCUUCUUGAGAAUUUGAUUUGUUUAAUUCGUCAAUUAAUCGAGGUAACAUGAAUGAUGAAUAAAGAACUAUCCUGGAGGGCAGCGAGGGCAGAGAGAUGGAUGGAUGCUGGCUGGAGGAGUUUAUUAUUUAAUACUUAAGUUUGAAUUAAUUAUGUUUUUAAGGGCAAGAACCCAAAGUUGUAUUUUGAUUAAAUACUUAAAGNUGAGCUAGUGGGUUCGUCUAUGUGCGUAGUCGAACGUUAGAUAGAUUCCACUCAGCUUCAAUGCUGAGCGUGUAGCCCUUUUUCCUAUUUGCUACACGUAGGUAACAUGAAUGAUGAAUAAAGAACUAUCCUGGAGGGCAGCGAGGGCAGAGAGAUGGAUGGAUGCUGGCUGGAGGAGUUUAUUAUUUAAUACUUAAGUUUGAAUUAAUUAUGUUUUUAAGGGCAAGAACCCAAAGUUGUAUUUUGAUUAAAUACUUAAAGGCUUCCGCACCGUUUUGUGAACUCCGAUGAAUAUUUAUAAAUAUUGUUUUUGAAUUAAAUGUUUUAAAUGUUCUGAAAAUUAUUGUGUCUGAAUGCCAAUCUAGUAGCAACCCGAUCCGCUGGUCCUCGUAUUCGGGUCACGCGGGUUGGGGUGUUACAUUAAUGACUAAUUAUAUAAGAAUAACACUUGUGUCGGUGUAAAACUGCGGGGAAUAAUUGGGUAACUCAGUAGUGGUGUAAGUGUAGCAUGAUUGAAGAUAAAAAGAUGCGCAGAGCGAACCCCCAAAAAUCAGAUCUAGACGAAAGAUAAGAUAUGGAUGCACCUUAAUUGCCAUGAAAGACGGCACAAAAAUCUGCGCUGAGAAGGAUGGGAUUUCUGAAAAUCAGGAAAAGGAUCAACAAAUCGCCGUCAAAGAAGAGCGAGGAAACAUGGACUUGGACGAGGCAAACGAAGGCGACGAUGAUGAAUCAAGGGGCCACGAGGGAGAAGACUUCACACAAAUUUUCACGCCAAAGGUAUUAAAGAAAUUAAUUAGAUGUUGUUCGAAAGAGAGGGCAGGAGCUACAAGCAAAUCCCCAAAAUCAGAUACAGCCUCUAGGGUUUCUACGAACGGUAUGGAUGCCCCUUCUUCUUCCCCGUUUUGUACGGAAAAGACUGCUAUCAAUGAUGGCGUUGCUUGUAGCACCUUAAUUGCCAUGAACGUGGACGGAGCAAACAAAGGCGAGGAUGAUGAAGCAAGGGGCCUCGAGGGAGAAGACUUCACACAAAUUUUCAGGGUUGGGGAUCGUGAAGUUUGGGAGACUAAGAAUUUCUCCAAGUGGAGCAAAUUGAAUUGGCUCUGUUUCUCUCGGGAUUACGAUAUGGAUGAUUCCUUUUUUGAUAUAUCUACAGAAGAUUUCGAGCCCGGGGAGGAUCCCCGUUCCGGAAGACGCUUUGAGCUAAAGAUGGGCCAUUCGUUAUUGGACUAUCCUUUGGACGCACCAUGGGCAUACUGGUAUUUCAAAGAAGCUAGUGAAGGUGCCAAAGUAGCCAUUGCUUAGCACUUGUGCAAAAUGUUAGUGAAAUAAAAAAAAGUUUUCUAGCAUUUUGUGUCCGUGUAAACUAUUACACUGAAAAGUCAAACUAGAAAAAUACAUUAGGACUUGGGGAGUAACUUUUUCAUGAACUUCAAGGGGUUUUAUGAAAGUUUUUUUUGAUCAGUUAUCUCUCACGUUGUCUUUAAUUAGUAUUUUGUGUGCUUAGAUGGGAGAAACUUUUGAGUUUCAUAAGGUGACCAUGAUGAGAAUGGGUUUACAUUUUCAUAAACCUCGCGGUAGAGUAUACUUCAUUGGAAUAAUGGCAACACAUGUUGAUGAUGUUUCGCGGACGAAAGCACUGCAAGCCUCCUUAUUUCGACCUUUUGAAAACAAGAAAGUUUGGCAUUUGAGGGCCCUGAGGUGGGCGAUAUACUCUCCGUAGUUUUUGAGGUAAUUCCCCCUCUACUAUGUUUCCGUCUUUGUGGAAUUUCACAUGUAACAAGGCAAACAUUUUCCUUUUAGCUUUUCAAUAUGGAAAAUGUAAUGUGGAGCAUGGAGUGAAAUUGGGACAAAAAAGAAGGCACAUUAUUUGAGACCCCUCCUUAGAUCCCAAAGUGGUUCCUACCAUUCUAACCGGGGUCGUCCCCGAGGAAUCAAGGGUCUGGCACAAC